AGAAGCUGAUUUGUCUAAAAUGGACAUGGGUGGAAAGGCAAAGGGGGGUUUACAUCGAUGGGACUUUGAGACAGAAGAGGAAUGGGAAAAAUAUAAUGAGCAGAAGGAAGCGAUGCCAAAAGCAGCGUUCCAAUUUGGGGUAAAGAUGCAAGAUGGUCGUAAGACGAGGAAGCAGAACCGUGACCGUGACCAGAAGCUCAAUAACGAACUUCACCAGAUUAAUAAGAUACUUACGAGAAAGAAGAUGGAGAAAGAGGGUGGGGAUGUUGCUUCUUUGGAUGCCGUCGAUGUACAGACUCCCAAGAGAUCCAAGCAUUGAUUCUACCUUGUCGCUUUCUUCUAUUCUAGUCUUUCACCCGGAAUCUAUCUUGUAUCUCCAAGUCUAUUUUAGUUUAAAAGAAUUUUACAUCCAACUGUUUACUUCCCAACUCGUUUUACUAGAUCAAAUAAACUCUAGUUUCUAAAAGGAAAUAUGCAAAAUAAUCUUCAAAAUGA